AAUAAAGAAGCGAAGACAACUAAUAACUGCUGCACAAGCAUUGUUGUCAUCGUAGUUGUGUUUCAUAAAUUUCGGCUAAGCUUCGAAACCCAGAAACCCAUAGCCAAGAUGAUGCACAUGACCUUUUAUUGGAGCAAGAACGUCACUCUUCUAAUCGGUUCAUGGAAGACCAACGAUUGGACCGAGUAUAUCCUCUCCUUGUUCGCGUGCCUCGUCGUUUCCGUUUUCUACCAGGUUCUCGAGAAUCGCCGCAUCCGCCUCAAGCUCAUCGGCGCCGGAAAGCCCUUCCCGCCGGAGAUCGAGACCCCUCUGCUGCGCCGGAAGCUCGCCGGAAACCGCGCCAAGGUGGCCGGAGCGUUUCUCUUUGGCCUCAGCUCCGCGAUCGGGUAUUUGUUGAUGUUGGCCGUUAUGUCCUUUAACGGAGGGGUCUUCGUCGCCAUCGUCGUGGGUCUCGCUAUUGGUUACUUCUUCUUCAGGAACGAGGGCGAAGAUUCCCUUAUCGUGGACACUUCUUGUGCUUGUGCUUAAAUUAUAUCUUUGUAAAUUGUAAUUACUUUUAGAUCUUCCAAUUUCCUAUGCUAAUACUUGUACUACUUGGUUUUUCAUUAUUCUGUUUAUUUUGUAUAUUGUAAUAUUUUAUUUUCCUGUUUUAAUUUAGCCUUCUUGUUUCUCCAAUUUGGGAUGUGUAAUUUCAUAUUGUAAUCGUAACCAAGAUGGCAAGAUACAAUCGCCAAUGGGAACUCUCGAUUCUAAAGAUGAAUUUAUUUUGUGGCA